AUGGCGGCUCCUCUCGGGCGGGACAGCUUACCUGAGCACUGGUCUUACGGAGUCCGCGUGGACGGCAGAGUCUUCUUCAUCAGCGAUGAGACCCAGACUACCACCUGGCUCCAUCCCCGCUCCGGUGAGCCGGUGAACUCCGGACACAUGAUCCGCUCAGACCUACCCCGGGGAUGGGAGGAGGGCUUCACGGACGAGGGGGCCAGCUUCUUCAUAGAUCAUAACCAGAGGACCACGUCGUUUCGGCAUCCUGUGAGCGGACAGAUCUCUCCGGAGAACAUGGAUUUUAUCCUUCAUGAACAGUCGCAGGGUCCUCGCAUGAUGUCCAAACACACGGGUGAGCAGCUAUCCAGCACCACUGUCAGCGAGGCCUCCACUGCCGUCACCUCGUCCACCGUGGACACCACGCCUGCCUCCAAGAACUCCCGUUCCAGCGGGAAGGUGCACAGUUUUGGGAAAAGAGAUCAGGCCAUUAAAAGGAACCCGAAUGUCCCUGUGGUGGUCCGAGGAUGGCUCUACAAACAGGACAGCUCUGGGAUGCGUCUGUGGAAGAGGAAGUGGUUCGUCUUGGCUGAUUUCUGUCUGUUCUACUACAAAGACAGCAGAGAGGAAGCAGUCCUAGGCAGUAUCCCUCUGCCGAGCUAUGUCAUUUCACCUGUGGGACCUGAGGACCACAUCGGCCGCAAGUAUGCCUUUAAGGCUAGCCACACCGGUAUGCGCUCGUACAUUUACAAGCAGAGCUCUGUGAUUGGCUCGCAGGCGGAGCACACUGGAAUGCGAACGUAUUACUUCAGCGCUGACACCCUGGAGGACAUGAACACAUGGCUGAGGGCGAUGAACCAGGCCACGCUAAUGCAGAACAACGCGGAUACACUCAUCAGACCAUCUGAGAAUUUCGACAAGUUCCACAUGUUGCAGCAGCACGCAGUCCCACAGACGAACCACGUAAACCACCACAAGACCAAAACCUCAGACUUUGACAGCCUCAGACCCAUCGUCCACGAGGUCCUGCUGGAGCCCAUCCAGCGCGACGCGGACGACCGCUGCAGCUUCCACAAAGACUCGCCUGCCACCAUCAUGUUGGGAAGCACAGCCCUAGAAAUGGACACGCACACCUCCCUCCCCUCUAACCCCGCCUCCUCCACCCUCCCGCCGUCAGACCAAGUGUCCGCCUCGGCGCCCGUGUCCAGGGUUCCAUCCAGGGCGCCGUCGAGAGCAGCCUCCACGCUGCCCUCCAGCGUCUGCACGAGGAACGGCCUCGUGUCCACGCCCAGCCCCAUCCUGGAGCCCAAUGGGAUCGCAGCGGGGACGUACCAGAGGGCUCCAGCAGCGCCCCCUGCUGACACACAUAAGCAGGUGCACAGGAGGAGCACUCUGGAGCAGGUGGAGCAGUGGGUCCAGGUCCAGAAGGCUGAGCACAAGGGACCCCCAUCCAGGGAGAACACCCUCCCCCGUCGCACACCCCCCACCCAGCACAAGUUCACCACCAUGGACUCCUACCAAACCCUGCCAAAGACUCCUCGUCAGAGCCCCCUCCCUGCCCGACUCGGCGAGUACAAGUACGCCCAGGACCGCCUCAGCCACUUCCGCCUCACCCCGGAGCAGGGUGGCCCGGCGUCCAACACCGUGUGGCAGCUCUAUGAGUGGCAGCAGCGCCAUCAGUACCGCCACGGCAGCCCCACGGCGCCGCUCUACACCCCGGCCCCGGAUUAUCCGUUCGGGCCCCGCCCGCCAUCCACCGUGCCACCCACAUCCAAGACUGACGGGCCGCCCCGCUGUGUGUCGGUACCACCUUCAUCUGCAGACAUCCCCCCACCUGGUCCCCCUCCAGGUAUGAGCAGAACGCUGUCGCCUACAAGGAGGCCGCACACGCCGGCUGACAGGGUGACGGUCAGACCUGUGGGUGACCGGUCAGUGGUGGACAUCCCCUUCACCAUCUCCCCACGCAGGAGCAAAUCUCAGAUGCUCAAGGCUGCUACGAUAGAGAGACGGUCCAUGCCUCCUUCAUCCGGCUACAUGACACACACAGUCAGUGCUCCCAGCCUGCACGGCAAAACGCCUGAUGACACCUACAUGCUGCUGAAGAAGGACUUGGAGUAUCUGGACCUGAAGGUAGCUGGAAGUCAGACGCUGAAGGAUUCGGGGAAACCUGUCAAGGUUGCAGAAAGUGACGUGGAUGUGAAGCUAAGCCGGCUGUGCGAGCAGGACAAGAUACUGAAGGAUCUGGAGGCGAGGAUCAGCUCCCUGAAGGAGGACAAGGACAAGCUGGAGAGCGUUCUGGAUCUGUCCCACCAGCAGAUGGAGCAGUACCAGGAGCAGCCGGCCCACGCCAGCAAGAUCGCCUACCAGCAGAGGCUGCUGCAGGAGGACCUGGUCACCAUCAGGGCCCAGAUAUCACGCCUCUCAACGGAGAUGGCGCUCGCUUGGGAGGAGUACAGCCGGCUGGAGAGAUCAGUGGAGCAGCUGAGGAUGGUGCUGCAGGCACACAUGAACCACAGCACCACCCAUCAGGAGAAAUCUGAAAUGAAGCGUGAGCUGUGGAGGAUCGAGGACGUGACGGCAGGACUGAGUGCCAGCAAAGCCAACUACAAGAUCACCAUCGACUCUGUCCAGAACCCAGAGAGGAAACUAGUGCCUUCAGUGUCCGACCCGGCAGUGCCUUCUUAUAUCACAGAGGUCCAGCCCCCUCCUCGCAGCUCCAUCCCCACCAUCCUCUCCCACACUCUGCCUCAUAGCACUGUGCCAAAGUGGGCUGAGGACACCGCCCCACCCAGGCCGCCACUGCCUCGCCUCUACGACUACGAGGAGACGCCCCCUGUGGUGCCGCCUCUCCCCAAAGAGGCCUCGGUCAUUCGCCACACGUCGGUGCGGGGGCUCAAACGCCAAUCAGACGAGAGGAAGAGGGACAGGGAGAGCGGGCAGUAUGUUAGCAAUGGAGACUGCAAGACGGACUUGAGGACGUACCUGAGUGAACCAGAGCUGCCAGCAAUGAGCCACCACAGCACGGGGUCUGAUGUGGACUACCAGUACUACCAAAAUAAAGGUCUGUUAGGCUCCUCGUCUCGGCUGAACCAGUCAAGCUACAUCUCGUCCUACGUCACCCUGAGGAGAGGCCCGGGGAGCUCUGCAGCCAGGUCUCAGCAGGAGAGACCAAAGAGUGCCUUUGAGCGUCUGUCAUCGCCCACCGAAGCCCAGCAGCUCCCGAGCGUCCAGCUUCGGGGCCGGAUGACGGCCGAGGAGCAGCUGGAGCGGAUGAAGCGUCACCAGAAGUCCCUGGUCCGCGAGCGCAAGAGGAACCUCAGCCAGGGCGAGCGCUCCUGCGCGGGCCUCUCCACCUCCACCGUGGCCACCCAGCGCUCCUCCUCCUCCUCCAGGCUGCCCUCUAACACCUCAGAUCCUCCGGGCUCCGUGUUUGAUUGGCAGGAGGAGCGACCCGUGGCAGAGGGUCAGAGCGAUGAAGGGCGGAGUCAAGUGAAAGAGAGAGGGAGGUUCCAAUCAGACGAGUGGGUGAAAGUGAAGGCGCACAUACGAGAGGUGGACGUGGAGCCUCUGGAAUUCAACCUGGAUAUCAGCCGAGAGCUGGCCAAACCUCAGAAAGUCUUCAUCCCAGAGCGCUACAUAGAGUCCGACUCCGAGGAGCCUCUGAGUCCAGAGGAGCUGGAGGAACGUUCCCGCCGGGCCGAGCGCAUCAAGAACCUGCUGACCAAAUCCAGUGUUCAGAACAUCCAGCCGUCUGCACCGCUCGACUUCGGUGAGCUGGACUCGGCUCUGCACCAGCAGGAGAGGAUCAUGAACGUGUCCCAGGCUCUGGCGUCUGAGGCCUCACGCAAGAGCAAACUGGUCGCAGGAGAGUGAGUGGCAGGAGAAUCCGUGAGCAUUUCUGAUCCAGCUAAAGCGGCUGCAGAGCACUGACCCCGCAGGAUCGACCAAACAGAGGAGGAAGGAUCCGCUCAGAUUUCAAACCCACUGACUCGCCUUUAACAAAUCACUAUUUUGAGAACGAGACACUUAAUGUAAUGUUUGAUUCAUGCUUUCCUAAUGGAAUCAAGUUUUCUUGCUUCUGCACUCACACUGCAAACUCAGCAACAGUAAUUUAUAACACAACUGAAUCGUUUGUUUUAACACUGCAGUAACUGUUUUAGCCGUCUGCUCUGCAUUUUUACGAGUUUUUAACAGAAAUGAGAUGAAAAGCCAAAGCAGAAGUGCAAAGUAGGAAUGUUUGGAUGUUAAUCUUCUAUUUAUUAUUUACACUUUUUUUGCUUGACAUGUUUCUUCAAUUUCUACCGUGCAUUUCCUGACUCUGCCACUCAAUGAUCAUGUCCUGUCAAUCAACUCAAAUAUUACACUUUAAUAAGAAUGAUGAAAACAUGGACACAGUGAAGUCAUUGUAAGAAAUAAAUAUUUGAUAAAACAUUU